CAGAACGUGCUGAUGACGUCACGGUGGUGCAAGAGGAUGGGGCGCCAGAUACAGCAACAUUACCGGCCGUGAGACGGUAUGAUGACAAAGAGUCACAGUCUUGCGAGUCUCCGGUCUGAACUGAAGAAUGAGGCUCUCUGGGAAGCCCCAGCAGAGCCAUGGGGCCGUCAUCUUUGCCGCUGCCUUCAUCUUAAUGACCCUCCUCAUCUUCUACGGCUCCAACAACGUCCACGACACCACCCACGCCCCGUUUCACAUGUCCGUAAGCCAGGCUCCCAAGAACACCGACCUGAAGAAGUGGGCCGGAAAAACUGGCUAUGUGUCGGUUCACGGUGACAAGAACAUGAACCUGCACUGUCACAGCUGUGCUCUGGUGACCAGCUCCAGCCACGUGCUGGGCACUGAAGCUGGCGCCGAAAUUGACCGAAUGGAGUGCGUGAUACGGAUGAACGAUGCUCCCACAACUGGGUACGAGACCGACGUGGGCAACCGGACGACCCUGAGGGUGGUGGCCCACUCCAGCGUGUUCAGGGUGUUGCGGAAGCCCAAAGAAUUCCUUCGCUUCUCGGAGAGAAGUCCGGUGGUCAUUUUCUGGGGUCCCCCGAAUAAGCUGAGCAAGGACGCCAAGGGAACCUUGUACAGGCUGAUCCAGAGAGUCGGCAUGACUUACAGCAACGUGUCCUUCUUCAGUGUGGAGCAGAACAAGAUGAGGAGGUUUGACAGCCUGUUCCACAAGGAGACGGGACGAGACAGGCAACAGUCCCACUCAUGGCUGAGCACCGGCUGGUUCACCAUGGUCAUCAGCAUCGAGAUCUGUGACAACGUUGUCGUUUAUGGGAUGGUCCCACCCAACCACUGCGGGAAAAGGUCUGUAUCCAAGAAGAUGCCCUACCACUACUACAAGCCCAGGGGUCCCGACGAGUGCGGCAUGUAUCUCACCAACGAGAACGGACGACGGGGGAACCACCAUCGCUUCAUCACUGAGAAGCAGGUGUUUGCUCGCUGGGCAAGGCAGUACAACAUCACCUUCGUUCACCCGAAAUGGUGAAGAGGUCAGACACCAUGUUCAGAGAGCUCCUCGCUUCCCUCACGGCCAUUUGGACUGGCUGGAGGAAGCCUGGCGUUGGAUUGGAGGGCAGCAUCACAGCUACUUCGGCAGCUAUGCGACAUCACCACUGUAAAUAAUCCAGGAUGUCAUUUGUACAUGAGAUUUUUAUGCUUGGGAUUUGCACUUCUGACUGCGACAGAUUUAUUGGAGCCGCUUGUUGGAUGAAGCAGCAUAUUUUAGACAGGAGAGAGACUCGGAUGUCGCAAGUUCCAGUUCAUCCAACCAUCAUCACCACGGCAUGUCAGAGCCGGUCGAGCUAACGUUAGCGCCUCCUAGCAAGAACUAUAUUCAGCUUGCAUGUUUGAUGAACUGAAACUCGAAUUACACCAGAAACAGCAGGAUCCACCGCUAGUGGAGGACAAUGGCCGAGGUUCUUGCUGUCACUCACCACCAUGCGAGCUUCCUGUUCAGCUUCUGGUGGAAGUUCCAGACUGAAGGUAGUACAGACAUCAAAGCCAGAGUACAGCAACACAAGAUAAACGUGUAAAUAUGAUUUAUGCUACAAGUUAUGCUCUUGCUGCUUUACCAGUUACAGUGUCAACUAGAUGAAUCAUGUCCUAAACAUACACUGCAGUGUCAAAGAACAGUGGUCACCCAUUUUAGAGUAAAUUGCUUCCAUAAACAACAAUUAUGGCGCUGCACAAAAACAUUCAUGAAAACUGCACGACAAAGGUUCUGUGGAUUAAGUUGGUUUUUAAGCGUAUUGACAACGGACAGGUUCAUAGACAGCGGAGAACCACUCUCGCUCAACCAAAGAGCUUUUUCACACUCGUCCUGGAUCGGAACUUUUACGUUCUGACGUUAAACAGUGACAACCCUGCUCAGAUCGUGUGACGUCACCUGCGUCCUCUGCUGCACCUUAAUCCUCACCCUCGGUCCUCAACCUCAAAGAUGAAGAGCAAGGCCUGUUCCCGAUUCUCAGGAAGUUGGGGAGCAAGAUUGAGGACAACUUCUCUCUAAAUUGUGACAUUUACUGGCAGCUACCGAGGCAUAGAAGAAGGAAAGAGUCACCAACGCGAUCACUCAGUGAGUCAUGUAGAGCAGCUAUGAAUUUCACUAGAAUAAUAUAAUAUACAGGUAAUUUAUAAGGAUAAUAGUUUUUCAAAUGCAAAAUGUGCUUGCUGACCGAACACCAGCGGCUCAACACAAGUCAAAAUUAUUUUGACUUUCCCAUGUCUCACAAGUUUGCUCCUCACUCGAUCAUUUCUCUGUUGUUGUCAACUAUCGAGUGCAGCCUGCUCGGACCAUCUUCAGGCCACUCCUCAGCCAAUGUGCGGUUUACUGAAAGCUGCUUUUGCGCAGCGCUGCCCCCCACAGUCUGAGGAUGCAUCUGCAUUUAAGGGAUGUCCCAUUUCAAAGUUACACACAGGCCUUGGGUUGAGGGUUAAAAUUGUUCACCCUAACUUGUGUGUUAAAACGCAGCAGCUGGCAUUUGGCCAAGAUGCGGCAUAAACGACGUUUCAAGCAAGGCUGCCAUUUUGUAAACUUUAAUGUUGAAAAUUCAGCUUUUGAUUUUGAUGGGAAGCUACUCUAUUGGUGAGGGGGCACAGCAGGUCCCCCUUACCAAGUGGAAUGGGUUCUAUAAACUUCAGAGUACCUUGAUCCAUACGUCCCUAACUGAACCAAUGAAAGUGGAGUUGUAGUAAACAGCCAUAGAGACACACAACACAGCACUGAGCUUGGAGCAUACAGGUCUUGAAUCUGGUGAGGUGAGUGAAGCUCAAACAAGAAAGGACUGCAGAGGAAAUGUUACAUGAGUUUGGAGGGGAUUCUCCUGAAAAACCCUACUCUCCAUCUUCCUUCACUAUUUACUGUCAACAUAUCAAUGUUUGAAUGAACAACAAGAAGUUUGUCCUCACUGACAUCUGAUCUUGAGAAGGAGUCAACAUGCUGGGCUCUCAAGAAAAGACCUAAAAACACCGACUGAAUGCACUGAAUGUCUGCAGUCCUUGACACUCAAUGGAAUCUCGUGAUUAAUAUGUCUUGAAUUAUGUUGAAACAAUUUACAUUUGUGGAUCGGGAUUCAUCUACAAGACAUUUAUGAAUAUAUAUAUAUAUAUAUAUAUAUAUAUAUAUAAAAUUGACAUGUGCAAGAAUGGGCCUUAUUCUGAAGUGUGAUAAUCUAUCAACAUAAAUGUGCCUUACUGUCAGAACUCUUUUGAAUAAGGCUCCAAGUGAUCAUGAUUUCCAAAAUAUUUCACCCACAUUACCUUCAGUUGCUUCGGAAGAGAGAUUUUGAAUUCAGAACCACUUCCAUUGUGGUGCUUUGUUUUGUGUUGUCAUCCAGGCUUCCACAGCAUCGAUGGAGUCCUCACACAACACAACUUAUCAGCUGCUUCUUUAAUAGUGUCCUGAAUUAUAGUGAUAUAUAUUCACAUACUUUUUUGUCAUCAAAAUAUAAAAAAAAAAUCUGCAUGUUUCUGUUGGAGUUCUGUCACAAUUCGUAAUGUUAGCCAGCCGAACCUUUUUGUGCGGUUCUGUGCUGCUUUUUAGCCCCUUAACAUGUAACCGAGGGACGAAAAUCCGGUAAUGUUGAUGUGUGUGGGUGUGUUUGAACUUUUUCAAGAUCCAAGCAACACUCAAACAUGAUGAAUCCACGAGCUGCUUUCAUAUAGUGCAAGAAAUUUGUGUGGAUUGUUUGCCCUGAAGGUUCCCAAAGGUGCCGGUGGAUUGUGCUGUUCUGGACAGUGUCAAGUUCCGUCUCAUCACGCUUCAUUGACUUGACCUGGGGCAGGAAGUAGCACAUGUCCUGAGUUCACAAACCUUUUGUCAAUGGAUAACGAAUGUAAAUUAUAAUUCUAGUAUAAUUACAACACAACAAAUGUAUACCACAGUGAACACACACACACACACACACACAAUGUCUCACAAUGAUACGAUCUCAGUGGUUUGUUCAAACAUCCGCUCAUGAAUGUUUCAUCUCUCCACACUGUGACGUCUCACCUCUGAAAACCGCUUGUUUCUGUUACAAACUGUCGCCUGAUCAACUUGUUUACCUCGAGGAAAUGUGCAUGCGGGUCAAGGCCCACGUGUUUUGUCUUAUUUGUGUAGCAUUAAAAAGCCAGUUUCUGACUUUC